AUGGAGAAUGAAAAGAAAGGUGUUCUCCCAAUGUCACAUGACACAACACUCAGCAAGAAUCAAUAUCUGAAGACAGCUGAUGAGCGAGUGCAGAUGAGUGGAGUCCCAUAUGCCUCGGCAAUUGGAUCCAUCAUGUAUGCUAUGAUAUGUACUAGACCAGAUGUUUCUUAUGCCCUAAGUGUUAUUAGCAGGUACCAAAGUGAUCCUGGAUUGGCUCACUGGGCAGCUGUUAAAAAUAUUCUUAAGUACCUCAGAAGGACAAAGGUCAUGCUCCUAGCCUAUGGAGGAGAUGAAGAACUCGUUGUAAAUGGUUACACCGAUGCAAGCUUCAUGAUUGAUAUAGAUGACUAUAAAUCUCAAUCGGGUUAUGUUUUCACCCUUAAUGGUGGUGCAGUUGUUUCGAAAAGUUUCAAACAAAACACUAUUGCAGAUUCUACAACAGAAGCAGAAUACAUUGUGGCUUUAGAAGCUUCGAUGGAGGCAGUCUGGAUCAAGAAGUUUCUAGAAGAAGUUUGUGUGGUCCCAAGUGCGAUGAACCCAAUGGCACUCUAUUGUGAUAAUAGUGGUGCCAUUGCUCAAGCAAGGGAACCAAGAUCCCACAUGAAGACCAGCAAGUAUCACAUUAUUCGACAGCAUGUCGAGAAGGGUUUUGUGAAGGUUCUCAAGGUUCACACAGAUUUUAAUGUGUCAGACCUGAUGACAAAGGCUCUACCACGAGCAAAGCAUGAGCAACAUCGGGUAGCCAUAGGUGUUAAGGAGACUAUGUAA